AUGGCACCAAAUACAGGCGAGAAGAGUAUCUCUGCUUAUGGAGAAGCUCGCUCGACGGUGGAGGGAAAGCCUCUUGAUGCCGAGGAGGUUCGGAAGAUGAAUGCUUACUUCCGUGCUAGCAUGUACCUUUGCUUGGGCAUGCUGUAUCUUCGUGAGAAUCCUCUUCUUACCGAACCUCUCAAACUGGAGCAUCUCAAAGCUCGACUCUUGGGUCAUUGGGGAUCUGAUGCCGGCCAAUCGUUUACUUGGAUUCAUAUGAACCGACUCAUCAAGAAGUAUGACCUUGAUGUGCUCUUUGUUUCUGGCCCUGGACAUGGCGCCCCUGGAAUUAUCUCGCAGUCUUAUCUUGAGGGGGUCUACUCCGAGGUCUACCCUGACAAGGCCGAAGACAAGGAGGGCAUGCAGAAGUUCUUCAAGCAAUUCUCGUUCCCCGGUGGUAUUGGAAGCCAUGCAACUCCCGAGACACCUGGUAGUAUCCAUGAAGGUGGUGAGCUGGGAUACUCGCUCUCGCAUGCUUUUGGCUCAGUCUUCGACAACCCAAACCUCAUCACUUUGACCAUGGUGGGAGACGGCGAGUCAGAAACCGGCCCACUCGCCACCAGUUGGCACAGCACCAAGUUCCUGAACCCAAUUGCUGACGGUGCGGUUCUUCCUGUACUCCAUCUCAAUGGAUACAAGAUCAACAACCCUACUGUUCUUGCACGAAUCAGUCAUGACGAGCUGACAGCCUUGCUCGUUGGCUACGGAUGGAAGCCCUACUUUGUCGAGGGCAGCGAAUUCGACACCAUGCACCAAGCCAUGGCAGCUACUCUCGAACAGUGUGUUUUGGAGAUCAAGAAGCACCAGAAGCAAGCCCGAGAGACGAAGACGCCCUUCAGACCCCGCUGGCCAAUGAUCGUUCUCCGCACCCCCAAGGGAUGGUCCGCUCCACGAGAGGUUGAUGGCCACCUGCUUGAGGGCUUCUGGCGCGCGCAUCAGAUCCCCAUCACCGAUGUGCGCACUAACCCUCCUCAUUUGAAAUUGUUGGAGACCUGGAUGAAGGGUUAUAAGCCAGAAGAGCUUUUCGAUAAGAAUGGCACAUUGAUCCCAGAGCUCAAAGAGCUGGCACCCACUGGUAACUCCCGGAUCAGUGCCAACCCAGUUGGCAACGGAGGUCUCUUGCGCCGACCUCUCAACAUGCCUGAUUUCCGGGAGUAUGGAUUCACGGACAUUGUCCCAGGCUCCACCAUCAAAGGAGGCAUGGCAAACAUGGCCAAGUUCCUCCGUGACCUAGUCGCCCAGAACAUGAAAUCUUUCCGACUCUUCGGUCCUGAUGAGACUGAGUCGAACAAGCUUGCGGAGGUGUACAAAUCUGGCAAAAAAGUCUGGAUGGGCGAUUACUUCGAAGAAGAUAAAGAUGGCGGUAACCUAGCGCCGGACGGUCGUGUGAUGGAAAUUCUCAGCGAACAUACUUGCGAAGGGUGGCUAGAAGGCUACAUUCUUUCUGGUCGACACGGUCUGCUGAACAGCUACGAGCCGUUCAUCCACGUCAUUGACUCGAUGGUCAACCAGCACUGCAAAUGGAUUGAGAAAUGUCUUGAAGUUGAAUGGCGUGCCAAAAUCGCCUCGCUGAACAUUCUCAUUACCGCCACCGUCUGGAGACAGGACCACAAUGGCUUCACCCACCAGGACCCCGGUUUCCUCGACGUGGUCGCCAACAAGAGCCCGGAAGUAGUCCGCAUCUACCUCCCACCCGAUGGCAACACCCUCCUCUCAGUGAUGGACCACUGUCUCCGCAGCGUGAACUAUGUAAACGUCAUUGUUGCCGACAAACAAGAGCACAUCCAAUUCCUUAACAUGGACGAAGCAGUGGCACACUGCACAAAGGGUCUCGGAAUCUGGGACUGGGCCAGUAACGACCAAAACUCCGAGCCCGACGUCGUAAUUGCAUCAUGCGGCGAUGUCUCAACCCACGAAGCCCUAGCUGCAACGGCCCUCCUUCGCGAGCACCUCCCCGAUCUAAAAGUCCGCUUCGUCAACGUAGUAGACCUAUUCAGACUGAUCUCAACGCUCCACCAUCCCCACGGCAUGUCCGACAAAAAAUGGAAAGCAAUCUUCACCACAGACAAGCCAAUCAUCUUCAACUUCCACUCGUACCCGUGGCUCAUCCACCGGCUCACAUAUAAGCGUCCCGGUCAACACAAUCUGCAUGUGCGCGGAUACCGCGAGAAGGGCAAUAUCGACACGCCCUUCGAGCUCGCUAUGCGCAACAACACGGAUCGGUACAGUCUUGCUAUUGAUGCCAUUGAUUUGGUUCAGUCGCUUGGUAAUACCGCUGCUGGUGUUAGAGAGAAGCUGAUUAAUGCGCAACUGGCGGGUAAGGAAGAGGCGUUCAAUAAUGGUCUUGAUCCUGAGUAUAUUCGCAACUGGUCUUGGCCUUGGCCUAAGAAAUAG